UGUCGCUGCUCUGGCUCUUGACAUAAUCUCAAUCAGUUGUCUGUACAUCUGAAAACCCUCUCUCCCCCGAUUUAUUUCUUGAAAAGCCAUACAAUGAGGAUAAUAGAGACAGAAGAAGAGAGAAGAAAGGACGACGAAGAGGAGGAGGAGGACGGGGGAGAAGAAGAAGAGGAGGAGGAGUGGGAUUCAUGCUAAGAGGAUUAGCCCUGCCUGAGCCAUCUGUAGUCCUGGACUGAUAAACCUACACGUUACAUGACAGACUAGUUACUGGCUCCGCUAAUAACCUCAGUGACCAAAACAAUAACAGUUUGUCUGAGGUGAAACCAGCCGACUGCUCUCUCUACCUUUAGCAGCCUUUGUAAUUAGCUGUCACCAAAACAGUCGCCAUUAAACCUCGGCUCGGAAACAACCAUAGACAGUACAUAAGAAGGAAACAACAGGUGUCAGCUCAUUAAGCGAAUAAAUGUGAUUAGGCCUAUUUCAGAAUAUUUUGUGGCUGAGUUAAUGAGUUAAUUAAAAAUAAUAUGAUACUGUUAAUUUACUUUUACAUUUAAUCAUAUGACAGAAACCUAUAAAUAAAGCUUCUUGCAACAAAGAAUAUUGAAUCUGAACAUGCCGCCAGCUGCUACGCGUCGUACGUGCGUGCGACGUAAUCGCCGUACAGCGCCGCACGCCCCGCCCACCUGCCAGCGUCCGUAUCCAUGGCAACCAAGUGCAAUUUUGUGACUUAUCAAGGAUGGAUUCCAAGGAUUCCCUUACAGAGAGGGAAAUAGCACAGAUAGCGAGACACCAGAGAGAGGCUGGCGUGCAGAGGCUCAGCUGUCACUUCUCAUGGCCUGAGUUCUGUGACGAACGGCGGUGCUUCCAUCAGGAGUUUGUGUAUGACGUCGCUAUGUUCGCCGCCGCCCGUGGCUUCCCCUGGUUUAACGUGAUCCGGGCAGCUGUGAUCGCCAAAGGCAUCUUCCCACAGCUGGGCGCAGGUCUCGACGUACCCAAACUUUUGUCCUUGCUGAGAGAUGCGCUGUCUGAGUGUCUGCCAAACCUCACCUCUGUCCACCGACGUGAAUUCACCCAGUUCCUCACAGACACCUGCAUCACCCGGCGGAGGCUUCUCCAGGCGGUGGUGGGUGGCGCUGCUAACAUGUCCAUUGCUCAGCUACACUUGGAGGUGCAGUUGCCGCCCACACCUUGUCCUCUAGCACAGUGCACUGUACACGCGCUGCAGGGCACAGAUCUGCAUGAGUGGGAGCAUCAGCGGCAACAAGCUGAGCUAACGUCUACGUUGCGACAGAUGGAGGAGAGGCUGCGGAGUCUCCGAGAAGGGUCAAGGGUCACUCUGGGGGAGGUUGAUGUUCCUGAGGUUAAUCAGCUGGAUGAAGAGGGUGUUUUGGCAUUGGUUCGAGCAGCAGUGAAGGCCACAGAAGGCCAGAUGCUGGCGAGUCUGAACCGAGAGGCCUCCCUGCUCAGUGACAUCCUGCAGCUCAAACUGCAGCGGGCAGCAUUGGCCACCAGAAGGCUCCACAACCCUGCUUACAUCCAGACGCACCCGCAAAGGCAAAGCUGCACACAGCAAAAACAGGACUGAGGGAUUUUGGGAAUGCAGUGUGAGGACAUGGCCUCAGUGAGUAAAGCUAAUUGGAGGAAAACACUGAAAAUCUCAAGUUAUUUAAUGUCACAAUUUUCAACUCUCAUGCAUGUGGAUGCUUACGUUUUUGUCAUACUUCUUGCGAUUUCUGAUCUAAUUCAUUGUCCAGUAUGGGAUUACUGUUCAUCUAAUUAUCGAUCUAUGGGCUACUGCCCAGGACAUUUAAAAGCAUUCAUUGUGUCAAUGUAUUGUCAUCAAAAUGCAAUGACAAUAGACACAUUGUACUAGACUUGUGAUUGGUUGCAAAGGAAAGAAGCUAGUUUCAUUCAAAUAUUUAUUAAAAGAAAAGUCAUCCUUUUGAUUUAACAGAAAAAAGCUGCAAAGAAUAGCAUUAUAAAUAACAUCCAUAUUAAAGAAACAAAAACAACUUGA